CUGAUUAUGUUAAGUUUACUCGAUUUUUCAUUCGAACGAAAUUAAACAAUUUCCUUCGAAUGUUGGAUUUCUUAACCUCUACUAACGAAUAAUUAGUACUGGCAAGUACGCAUGAAGCAAACUUCCAUUAAAAUCUGAUUAUAUUUGAAGUGAAGAAAUAUUAGAAGUAUUUAAUAUCAAUAUUAUGGAAUUCGAUCCCGUAUACACCAGAGGAAAAUCUACUCGACUUUAUGAGUUUUUCAUGAGCCAAACCUACGAUGGGUAUGAGAAAAAAUGUCCUCAUAGUACUGAGCAGAAAGAGUAAAAAAUUUAAUACGUUAUCUUAUUAUCAAAGGUUAAAUAAUGAGAUAACUUUGUUACAUAUACUAUAAAUCAGUUCUUCAUAUUCGGAUAUAGAAGCAACACUCUUUUGGAUGUAAAAAAUGGAUGGAUUAUACAAAAUAUUUCCUGAGGAGAGUGAAGAAUUUCCAUGGGAUGAAAGAGCACUUGAAGAUUUUAAAAAACUUAUAAAUGAAAAUGGAAUAAAAUGCAGAAUGGACGACAUAUUUUUGCUUGGAUUUCUUCGUGCAAGAAAAUUUAAUCUAGAAGAAUCUCUUCAGUUGUUGAAAAACUAUUAUUCUAGAAGAAUCGAAUAUUCAUCGUUUUUUAAGAAUCUUCUUCCAUCAAAAUUAGAAGGAAUUUUACAUUUAAACUGUUAUAAAAUCUUACCAAAACCUGAUCAAAAUGGUAGAAUUAUUGGAUUAAUAGAAAUCAAACAAUGGAAUCCAUCAGAAACACUCGUAAUACAUUUGUGUCGUGCUUCAUUCCUUUCCCUAGAGUUACUAUUGAAUUUACAUCGAAUGCAAGAGAAUGGAUUGAUUGUAAUUAUAAAUACUCAAGGAAUAACCUUAAGGCACAUGUUACAAAUUACACCAAGAUUCGCGAACACUAUGAUAUCUUUAAUAUUUAGGAAUUCGAGUCAAAUACGAAUCAAAGAAAUUCAUUACGUUAAUGUAAAUCGGAUUGUAAAGAUACUUGAGACAAUUUUAAUGCCAUUACUUCCUGUAAAAAUACAAAAACGAAUAUUUCUUCACAGUGAAAUGACUGCUUUACACAAAUUUAUACAUCCAAAAUAUCUUCCUAUUGAAUAUGGAGGGGAAUUAACGAAUUUAGAUCCAAAUGAAUUCAUUAAUAUAGUAAAACAAAACGAAGAUUUCUUUCGAAAAAACGAAGAAUAUGUUAAAAUGUUUGAAGAAUCAACACAGCAAAGAUUUUCUAAACGAAGAUUUAAAUAUAUUGGUUCAGAUAUAGUAAACCGCAAAGAAAUACUUUUAGAAAAUUCAGAAAAACAAGACAUAGAAAAUUCUCUCGUUGAAGUUAAAUCUAUGAAUGUGCCUGGAGAAUCUAUAAAAGGUUCGGCUGCGAUAUUAUAGGAAAGAUGGCCCACCAGUGACCAAGCGGUUCUGUUCCCUGAAUACCGAAAGUUCGGUCGUGGGUUCUCACCUCGCCAGGACAGACCGGCCAAGUGGAGUUUUCCGGAUUUUCUCCAUGUUUCUAAUGCCUAAAUAGAGGCCACUUACUCUUAAAAGACCUCCCGAAAGGCAUUUUCCCCGGAUCUUCGAGUGUAAUUUCGUAUGGUUCUCUUCGAAGGAUAAACGACUAUGUAAACAACCUCCAUAUUAACUCCGAUACGAGAAAAAGAGUUAUGGGAAAGAUGUUAGUAGAAUUUGGUCUACGUUUUCUUACUCGAAACAAAGUUUACAUGGGUUAGUUGUCGGAAUAAAUUUGGACAGAAGUGUCUUGGAUUGAGUAGUCGAAUGACACGUGAGUAAUUUCAUUAUGUAUUUGAAAUCGUAUGAGGUCUUUAACGAAAAAAUAAAUGGAUGACCAUCUGACAGAGCGGUUAAUGUGAUUGAUCGAUCGAUUGUACAGGGUUAAAGAGAAAUAUGUUUUCCUCUUCAGAGAACUCUGGAAUGCGUUCUACUGCUAAUUCAAACGAUGCGCUUGACAUUUCUUAAAUAAAAUAUAAUAGUACAAAAAUCCGUCGAUAGGUGGCGCUGGAGCACAUAAAAUUAUUGAAUA